AUGGGAAACACACUCGCGUCUAUCGAGUCCGACCCGAGGGUCUCCAGGCUAGAGACUUUCAGUAGCAACAUGUUCGACCAGUGCUGCCGACGACCCGACUCUUCCGAGUGGCUUAAUGAAGUUACAGUAGUGGCAGACAAUGGUAAUGAUAUUCAUACCACACCAAAGGCAACUCCUACGAUCGUCGCUACGCCAAGUACUCCCUCUAUCAUUGGAAAGCAGGAGGAAGGUCGAUCAGUAGGUGGAGUAGAAGACAGGGAAGUAACGCAAACUGUAGAGAUCACAGCGUUCGAAGGUGUGUUAGAGGAAGACCAUGAUGACGAUGUAGCGGAUGAGCGAGAAGGGGCUGCCGACGAGGACAUAGAAGCGGACUGUUUCAAGAUUGACAUCCAGAGGAUACCUGGUGUUCGUCUCGGUAUAGAUGUGGACCAUAGCGAUCCUCGAUGGUUGGUGGUGGAUCGAGUUACGCCGGAGGGAUCUAUUGAUCUUUGGAAUAGAAAAGCUCCUCCGGGACAGAAACUUCAGAAAGGCGACAUUAUUGUACGUGUGAAUGACGUGCGAAUGGACGCGAUGCGCAUGGUAGAACAAUGUCAAGCAUCUAGUGUACUCCAUAUGUGGGCUAAACGACCUAAGCUCAUCCGUUCCUUAUCGAAUUGAUGGUAGUGGGCAUUUUUCAUGCUACAACAUUAUUAUCAAUUUCUCGGAUUUGCGACCCACAAUUUUCUCUAAGUACAUGUUGCUAAUGACUGCUGAUCUAUUUUCCAAUACUUGAUAUCAUACUAAUCGCCUUGCGACCCACUCUUGGCAUUGUCCAUUGAAUCGGAGUGUUGCUGAUCGUCCCCAUUUAUAUUCUCUGUAUAACUAAUGUCUAGUUAUUGACA